UAUAUAAUGAAAAUAUCUUCUUUACAGCUUUCAUUCUUAAUCUUGAUAACUUUACUUUAAAAAUUCAUAAUGGGGUACAAAUAUCUUCUAGUUGUUACUAAAUUCUUCGCCAUAUGUUAUUUAAUAGACGUAACAUGGGCGGAGAGCUCAACAAAUACAUCCGUUGUAAACAAUAAUCUAGGCAGUCAGAAACCAGUCACAAUCAGUAGUACUAGCACGCCAGCACUUUUACAUGGAGCUGGAUUACUACCUGCUGCUGCUAACAUAACAACAUCGCCUAAUUGUGUUUGCGAUGGUGCGUUGCUUCCUCGUUUAGGCGAUAAUGGGAAAGAGUUAGAAAUUUGUCCAGAGUGUAGAUGUAAUAAUAAAGCGCGCAACACCACUUUAAUUAAGGUUGUUGUGAUUAUCGUUAUUUGGAUUAUAUCGAUUCUGGUGAUAUAUAUGCUGUUCUUAAUGUGUUUGGAUCCGCUGCUCAAUAAACGUGUUAAGGCCAAUUAUCAGGAGCACACCAAUGAAGAUGAUGAUGCCGCCACAACUACUCCACCCUUACCUAGUUUGGCUAAUCAAGAGCUCAACUCACGAGCGAAUGUUUUAAAUCGGGUUGGACAUCAGCAGGAUAAGUGGAAAAGACAAGUGCGCGAACAACGACGCCACAUCUAUGACAGGCGUACUAUGCUAAAUUAAUUGAAUUAAAUUUAUAAGGCGUUGCUUUAAUCAAAAACGAAUUUUGAAAUCGCUGCUUGCGCUACCAAGCAAUUUUUUUGCAGAAAAAAAAAAGAGAAGAAGUUACUCUAGUAAGCAUUGGAUAAACCAUCUUUCAAUAUAUUAUAUAUUUAUUGUUAUAUACGUAAUUAUUAUAUUUAGUCGAAAUAAAAUACGAAACCUUUCCGAAUAUGUAUAAUUCUCGAGGUUAGAAUUUCUUUUAUUUAGUUCUACUUUAAGAAAUACUUUAAGAGGUAAAUCAAAAACGAUUUUUAAAGUUGCAGUUUUUCUAAUGAGUUCUUGGAAAGCAU